AUAGAACAUGGAAAAUUCAGAAUUAGAAAUGAUUGCUCCAAAAAAGACCAACAAAGAGGAAGACCUGAGCCCAGAUGAAGACAUCCUAAACAUCAUGAAAGUAAAGCAGAAAAUGGAAUCAGCUAUAAAAAUAAACUCUUUUGAAGUAAACCAAAACAAGUGGGCUGAGAUCAUCCUCGGUGUUAAUCUCUCAACCAAAAAGUUAGAAAAAAUUCCUUCAACUAUGCUCAAACCAGCUUUCACUUUUUGAGAGAAGAAGAUUCACUUAGGAAAGAAAAAGAACCCUCCAAAAUCAGAAUCCACAGUUGUCUCUAUGCCUAAAUCAACAGAAGCCACAGAAGUCUUCCGCAUGCCUGGCGGUCACUUUACAAGUAAUUUAGCUAAAUAUUCAAAAUAA